GAGACCAGACCGUGCGGGGGACAGGACGGCCUCUAGCGGCGAGGUGACGCAACACUCCGGGGACGAGGCCGGACCAAGCCACACAGAUCGCGAAAUGCUGUCCUACCUUAGCAGAUCGGCCCACCUUGCGCCGGCCCUCAAGUCCACGGCCCAGGCGGUGGCGAAUGGCACCAAGAACAUCAUCCCGGGUGUGUAUGAGGGCGUGGUCGUGGAAUUGGUGCAGCCGCCACCCAAAGCCCUGACCGCCUACACCAUGGCCAAACGCUGCGCCACAGGGCCAGUAAGAGCUUCAGCCGGUAUUGCAGUGAGCUCCCAGGUGCGUUAUGCCCACACUGACAUCCAGGUGCCAGACUUCAGCGAUUACCGACGAGAUGAUGUCAAGGAUUCUCGAGCCAAGUCGUCUGUAGAGUCUGCCUCCUCCAGACGCUCCUUCACUUACAUGGUAGUAGGAGGUGGCGUGGUGACUGGUCUGUAUACAGCCAAGUCAAUAGUGACCCAAUUUGUGUCAUCAAUGUCAGCCAGUGCUGAUGUGCUUGCCCUGGCUAAGAUUGAAAUCAAGCUUGAUGACAUUCCUGAAGGAAAGUCUGUCACCUUCAAGUGGAGAGGAAAGCCACUCUUUGUCAAGCAUAGGACUGAUGAAGAAAUUGAGACAGAGACCAGUGUGGAUGUUGGCUCCUUGAGGGACCCUGAGGCAGACAGUGUACGCUGCCAGGAUCCCAAGUGGCUGGUGGUAGUGGGUGUGUGCACACAUUUGGGCUGCGUACCCAUUGCUGAUGCAGGUGACUUUGGGGGUUACUACUGCCCCUGCCACGGUUCCCACUAUGACUCCUCUGGCCGCAUUCGAAAGGGUCCCGCACCACUCAACUUGGAGGUGCCCACUUACGUGUUCCCAGAGGAUGGUGUUCUACUAGUGGGCUAAGGUAUAAAAGGUUUAAUGCCAUUCGAGUAUAAGUUACAUGCUAAAAGUUCAUAAAAAGUUUGGAGCUAACCAUAUAGAACUUUCCAAAAGCUUGACAUUGUACUGAGAAUCUGGUGAAGAUCUUGAAAAUAUAUACGAUUUCCUCUCCCCCAAAAAAGUUGAUGUAUAGAAUUGCAUUGGUAUAAUGUUUCACUGUUUUUGGUCUUGUAGAUAAUGUACAAAACAGAAGUGUCCCUCCUUGGGUAUUUGUGUGUUAACCAAUGACAACUUGUAAAAUAAACAUGACUUAUUUUAAA